AUGAAACAUAUUGAAUAAAAUCAAGUUUGCAUAGAAAAAGAGUGUAGAUUCAAUAGAAUUAUAACUAAUUGGCAUGAUUUAUAGUUACAUUAUCAUAAUCAGCAUAAAGUGUAAUCUUAAGACACAUUCGAAAAAAAAGUUAAUUUAAAAUUAAAUCAAUUGAAUGAGAAAUUCAGAAUGCAGAUAUAAGAUAGUAUUUCUGACUAUAUUGAAAUAUAAGAACAAUAGAUUUAAUAAAAAAUUAAGUCCUUAUUUUAGAAUAUUUAAAAGUAAAAAAAUUGACAGGAUAUCUUUUUAGAAUCUAUUUUCAACUAUUAUAAGAUUAAUUUAAAAUGAAUGAGCAGCAAUAAAGAUUAUUUUCUAAUAAUUCAUUUGAAAGUAAUUUAAACAACUAUAUUGAUAUAUAUUAUUGUUAAUUUCGAUUACCUUAAUAAAAAUAAUUAGAAAAUCUAGAAGAAAUUAAGUAUUAAUUGAAUGGAAUUACAUAUGAGUUAAUGAAUUUUUUAGAUGAAUAAGAAUAUAACCAUUAAUUGAAAAUUAAAUAGUACUCCAAUAAUAUGAAAAAUAAAUAAGAAGACUUAAAUAUACAAAAAUAAAUUUAAUAUUAAUAAAACUAAAAUCAGGUAGAAUUGAAUCAAUAUGAAUAUAAGUAUCCAUAAUAAUAAUUAAAUUUUGACACUCAUCCAAUAUAAUUAUAAGAUUAAGGAAAUUAAAAUAUUAAAAAAUAGCAAUAAUUUUCAUAUUAAUAUUCUAGAGACUAAUUAUAAGAACAAUCAAAAGAAUAAAUAAAAAAACCUUAAUAAUAAUAAAUAAUUUAAUAUCCUAAAACUUUAAUAAAUGAUGAUUAAGAUAGAAUUCAAUUUUAAUUACCUUCUGAUAAUACAAAAAUUAACUCAAAUUUUAAUAAAUCCAUAUAGGUAUAGGGCAUUUAAGAAAAUAUAUAAUAACAAAAUAAAUAAGUAAAAGAAGAUAUAUAAUUAAUGAAACAAUAAAAUGAUUAAGUUUAAAAUGAUAGAAUUUAUUAGGAAACUAAUAUAAUUGGUAAAAAGUUUGAUAUAACAAACUCUGAUAAGCAUUUAAAAUAUUCAUUAAGAUUCACUCAAUUCUCUUGUGAUAAAGAAGGAGUUGCUUUAGUUGAAGGAGCUUUUAAAUUAAAUGAUAAUGCAAAAGUAAAAUUCAAAUUUUCAGAAAGACUUGAAAAAGUUCUUGUAAAAAUAAUAAUUAUUAUAAUAGACAGCUUCAUUUGGAAUGAUCAAUGUAGAUUAGUAAGGAUAUAAAAUAGGAACUUUAAAUUAUUGGAUGGAUUAAUCUGGAUGUAUAAAUAUAUUUGAAGUUUAGUGUUAUAUAAAAAUGAAAAGUCAACUUAAGGAUCAUUGAAAAUUGAUUUAAAUUAAGAAUUUACCUUGGAAUAUAAUGCUUAGAAAAGACUAUUGAGUUUUAGAAAAUAAAAUACUAUAGUAAAUGAUAUUAUUCCCUUUAGGAAUAAAUUCAUUUUGAAGAGAGUAUAAAUGGAAGUUUUAAAUUUUAUGUUAAGUUAUAUGGAUUACAAGUUUAGAUAAUUAAAUGA